AUGUCACUCAAAUCGAAUAAUGUCAAGGCAGAAAACUCAAGGCUUAAAGCUGAGAUCAAGUAUCUCCAACUUGCACUAAAAGAUAUUGACAAAGAUAUUCCACUUCAAGACUCUUAUGCUCCAAGUAGCCACUCGAAAAUUUUAGAAAUUAAUCAAAGCUCAGCUUCAGAUGAAAACUAUCUUAUCCAAAAUUCACUCAGAGAGCAAACCAGUGAAAAAUAUAAAGACAGGAAAAUAAAGGACAGUUAUCAAUAUAAAAUCUAUGAAACAGAAUAUCAUCCAAGAGACAAAAUUUCCGUGCCAACUCAUUUUGCAAGUUUUGGGAAUACGAGAGAGUAUUAUUGCAAGCCUGAACCUCAUAAUCUUCAUGAAGAGAUGUGUGAAGAAUUUGAUUAUUUAGAGCCAGAAAAUGAAAACAAUGGAAGUAGUAUGGGAAGCGAAGCCCUACACAAUGAAUUUUAUAAAAUCAAAGCAUCUGUUGAGAAAAUAAGCAAUUCUUUGGAUUCGCUUGACCAAUAUUCUAGUUAUAAAAAUAAGCAUGCCAAUAAAGAGAAAAUCCAAGGAGAAAAUGAAUGAAAUGAGAUAAAAGAUUCAUUUGAGUCUUACUAUUCGAAGGAAAACUCAAUUGAAAGCAAGCAUGAAUCAUCUCGCAAGUUGGAAAAUUAUGUUGUUACGAGUGAAAAAGAGCUCAAGUUAUUAAAAGAAAUAGAAGCACUUCGGCGUGAAAACAAUUAUCUAAGAAAUAAGUUAAGCAACUCUCCUAAACCUAAAAGACAAAUAUCCAAACAUUUAUCUCAAGACAAAAGCAGAUCUACUAGCAUCUCAACUUUAAAGCCUAAGCCGAAUCUAAACUAUGCUACAGAGUCACCCUCACGGAUAAGAAGUAGCCGCUCAAAAUCUCCAAGACUAGCUUUAGCUGCAAGGACUAAAUCUCCUACAUCUAAAUCUCCACGCCACACCACACCAACCAGACUAAGACAUUGCCGUGUAUGUGAUCAUCUCCUCUCCAAAGGCUAUUCCACAAAAUACUGCUCAAAGCAUGGUGAAUCGCAAGAAGAGAAGCCCGAUCGUUCUAACUCUUAA